UCUUGUAUAAAUCGGUCCGCAUCAUGCGCGAUGCCAAAGUGACCAGUCAACAUCGUCUUUUGAAAUUGUAAUGUUUUGUGCUAGUGACAGGGAAAAAAAAAACCGGGUUCGUGAAAGAGAUCUUGUUUAUUUCCUCCGUGACCUAUAGAAAAUUCUUCUUUUCCCUUUUUAGUUUUUCUGAAUGCUCUGAUGAAAAUGUGAGAUGGUUGUUUUUCUCGCUCUGAUGGAUUAAGAGAUUGUCCUUGUGCCGCAGGGAGGGAUCUCCCCCCUCUUUAUUAUUAUUUAUUUUAUUUUUUUUUUCUAUCCCACUACGUGAUGGGCGACAAUGAGCUGCGGAUUGUAUUGAUACAAAAAAACAUCUUCCGGCACACAAACUUGUGUGUGUUUUCAUCGUCUGUCUGUGCGUCUAGAAACACGUAGUACUACACACACAGACACACACACAAAAGAUGAAAUACGCUUGAUAGGCUCAUUAAGCGAGCGACAAACACAAGAAGGGGAACCCCUUCAUCAUAGGGGAAAAGAAAAAUCUCUUUAUUCUUUUGAUGUUGCCCCGUUCUUUUUGUGUGUGUGUCGAAAGGAGGUCAUUGAUCACAUUGAACAUUUUUAAGUUAAAGAAGAAACCCUUUCGGUGGAUGGAAAAAAAGACGUUGGUGCUCAUCAGAGCGCGUGUUAAUCUUCGCAUGUUUUCUACCUGUAGUAGACAUUUUUAAAUACAAUCCCCCUCCUUCCCCUUUUUUUUCUUCUUUCGAGUUGAACAAUUCUGCAGAAUAGAUGGGAGAGAAAUGAGGACUUAGGGGUUAAAUAUCGAGGGGGGUCUCUCUUUCUUUAGCGAGAGAGUAGGAGGAGGAACUUAAAAAGGAGGAGUUGGGUUAUUACCUGAGGGGGCGCCAAAAUCUUCUUUUUCAAACCUCCUCCUCCUCCCCCCAUUCUGCUGGUUGGGUGGGGUAGGUGGAGGGGGGGAGAGCCAAGCUAGUAACAAAAUUUUUUUUUUUUUUUGUGUGUUGUUGUUGGACCCAACUGCAUCCCCCCGUUCGCAACUGUGCCCUCCCCCUCAACUGAAUUCGAUGAAUUUUUCGAAAAGUCCUGUCUCUCUCUCUCUCUCUACGUUAUAACAUUCCUGGGCUUCUGUGUGUGUGUGUGUACUAUCCGCCGCUCUUCUCUCUACUCCGGUAUCAUAAGCGAGAAAAGAAAGAAAAAAAUAAAACCUGUGCGGACUUGUGUGUGUGUGUCUCCGUCGGUAGCAAGCAAGUAACGGACGGGAAUGGAUGGGCAGGAAGCAUUUUUGAAAUAGUCGAGCGGUGGCAGUGUCUCGGUGCUGUCGUGUUUUUUUGAAUUCGAUCCAUUUAUACUUUGCCUUAGUAACUUAACAAAGUUGUUGUUGUUGUUGUUGCUGCAGUGUUUAUGUGAGAAAGAGCCAACGGAUUUUGUUUUUUUUUCGAGUGAGAUUGUGUGUGUGUGUGUGUGUGUGUGUUUUUCGGUUUUGUUGUGGGGGUUGAAAAGAAAAAAGGGGGCCCCGUUUUUUGGGGGGCUGUGAAUGAAGGAUUCGUUUCGCAUGUUCGCCCCACUAGCAGCAGCAGCCUGGCCUCUCGUCAGUCCCGGUGAGGCGUGGGCGUUGAGCGGGGCAAAAUUAUCUUCUUCCUGGCAGCAGCAGCAGCAGCAGCAGCAGCAACAAAAUCAAGCGUACGGCGGUUCGUCUACGUCAUCGGCAGCUAUUCCGGGCAGCCAGCGUGAGCCAACAACAUUGUCCAGCAGGACGGACGCCGCCGUGGAUCACAACAACAUGGCCGGCGAGUUACCACUCUCGCCAGAAGAUCUCUCUAGUGAUGAUGAAAAAGAUUUGGCGUCGGCCGACGCCGAGGGCGUUUGGAGUCCCGAUAUCGAGCAAAGCUUCCAAGAAGCUUUGGCCAUUUAUCCGCCGUGCGGACGACGGAAAAUUAUCCUGUCCGACGAAGGGAAGAUGUACGGACGCAAUGAAUUAAUUGCGCGCUACAUCAAGUUACGGACGGGCAAGACGCGGACGAGAAAACAAGUCAGUUCGCACAUCCAAGUCCUGGCCAGAAGGAAAUUACGUGAAAUUCAAUCUAAAAUCAAGAAUGCCUCCAAAGAUGAAGUCCUCCGCCUCUACGGUUCUGUGGCCCAGGAUCAAGCUACCAAGGAGAAGGCGUUGCAAAACAUGUCCAGUAUGUCCAGUGCCCAAAUCGUCUCGGCCAGUUCGCUGCACAAUAACAAGACUAGCCUUUCGGGGCUAGGACUACCCGCCCCCGUCUCCUACCCACCGCCGUUUUGGCAGCCUGGUCUUCAACCCGGACCUUCUCAAGAUGUCAAGCCGUUUGCACAAUCACAUUACGCAGUGGGUGCCAGUCCGUCUAGUAACAAUAAAUCGGGCACGUCAAAUGGCGGGACAGGUUCAUCCGCCGGCAGCGGUGAGAUGGCCGGCUUGUUGGCGCCUUCCGCCACGCCCAACGCACCUUCUUCUUCAACGGCAUCGUCAGUGACCACAGUGGCAACGACGGCCGGUCUCACCCCACCAGCACCACCUCCGCCAUGGGAAGGACGAGCCAUCGCCACCCACAAGUUGCGGCUGGUCGAAUUCUCGGCCUUUUUAGAACAGCAACGCGAUCCCGAUACGUAUCACAAACAUUUGUUUGUUCAAAUCGGGGGCGCCACCAGCUACUCCGAUCCCAUGUUGGAGGCGGUCGAUAUCCGGCAAAUCUACGACAAAUUCCCAGAGAAAAAGGGCGGCCUAAAGGAGCUGUUCGACAAAGGUCCUCAGAACGCGUUUUUCUUGGUGAAGUUCUGGGCCGAUUUGAGCACCAACAUCACCGAAGACGUCGGGGCCUUUUACGCCGUCACUUCCCAGUACGAAAGCAACGAGAACAUGACGAUCACGUGUUCGACCAAAGUUUGCUCAUUCGGUAAGCAAGUCGUGGAAAAGGUGGAAACGGAGUACGCGCGUUUCGAGAACGGCCGUUUCGUUUAUCGCAUCCAUCGCUCGCCCAUGUGCGAGUACAUGAUCAAUUUCAUCCACAAGCUCAAACACUUGCCCGAGAAGUACAUGAUGAACAGCGUCCUCGAGAACUUCACCAUCUUGCAGGUGGUGACGAAUCGGGACACGCAAGAGACGCUGCAGUGCGUGGCCUACGUUUUCGAAGUGUCCACGUCGGAGCACGGCGCCCAGCACCACAUCUACAGACUGGUGAAAGAUUGACCACGUCCUCCUUUGCUCACUUUGCACGGAGGUUACGGAGAGAGAGGUUAUUUCUUCGCUUUCGUUUUGUUUUGUACUUUUUAUUUUUGGCGUUGCACUCGUAAUCGACGAAGAAGAUCGUGAAGAAGUUGUCAGGAAAAAAACAAAACAAGAAAAAAAUGAUUAUAUACAUUGCGAUGUGUGUGUGUGAUACGCGAUGGCAGCAAAGAUGGAAGAGCAGCGAGACAACACUCCCCCCCCAAGGCAUCUCUCUUUUUUUUUCUUUCUUUCUUGAUUUAUAUAUUAUAUAAAUAUUUUGUUGUUGUUGUUGUUUCUUUCUCUUCCUGCGUACCGUUGCAGCUAUAGCAUCAAGUUUUUCUUCUAAGAAAAAAAAAACAAAAACAAACAGGUUUUUUAAAUUUUUUGAUUUUAUUUCAUAGAUUUGUGGGAGGAGGGGGAGAGUCCGUUUUGUUUGUGUGGGUAGGUAGACCCGUGUCCAAUACCAAGGCGAUAUCAAAUCUCUUUUUUUUUUUAAUAUAUUUGUUUUGUGUGUGUGUGUGUGUGUGUGUGUGUAGAGGAAACACACACAAACAUACGCCCUUAUUUUUUUCUUUGGUCUCUUUCUUUUGUUUUUUUCGUUUAUCGCGUUUCUUAAAUUUCUUGUGUGUUGCGGAUUCGUUUUUUUUUUCUUUCUCUCUUCUCGAUUCAAUCCCUCCUCCUCCUCCCCCAAGCUCCAAUGAAAUCAGAUGAUACGCAAAUUGCGGGAAUUUUUUAUUUUUUAUUUUUUAUUUUUUAUUCAACACAUUUUUACGGGAGAGAAAAAGACAUUAGAAUUUUUUUUUUUUUUUUUUUUGGAGAGGGGGUAACGAAAACCCAACCAGUGGCGGCUUUUUUUUUCUCUGUGAACGUGAUUUUUUAUUUCGUCAAGCGAAUUUUCGCGGCAGAUUUAAAAACACACAUCGGAAAAUGUUAAUUUUUUAUUUAUUUUUUAUUUUUUAUUAUUAUUUCUUUAUUGUUUUUAUGUUAAAUAUUUUUUUUGGAGGGGGGGGAAAUGAUCGACAAUACCAGAUCUCACUUAGCUGACGUUAAAAACAAAACAAGACAAAAAAAAAUUGAAUAACAUGAUGUAAUAUGAAACGUUUUGCAUGUGUGGCGUGUGCCUCUUCGUCUUCUCCCCUCUUCUUCUUAUUUUUUAUUUUUAUUUUUUUAUAUCAUAUUUUUAAUAGACAUAUUAUCAAUGGGAGGAGGGGGAACCCGUCCUCUUUCCUUCACGAGAUUGCGUGCGUCUGCCAUUUAGAAAUAAUUCGUGAGUGACUGUGUGUGUGUGUGUGUGUUUUGUUUCGUCUUUAUUUCCCGUGCCAAGAGACUCUUUUUUUUUGUUUCCUUUUCCAACAUCCGCCUCUUCCGCAAAUCGUCACUUUUUUUACCGUUGCAAAAAGCCAUUUGAAAUCUUUUUGAAAAAAAAAAAAAAAAAUCGCGCCAUAUCGGUACUGCCAUAUCAAAUCCCUGAAAAUAUUUGAAAAGUUGUCGUUUCAUUUUCCUUUUUGUGAAUUUUAAAAAAAUUUAAUAUUUUUUUUUUUUUUACGACUACAGACAAUGUAACAAGCAGGAAUGAUUUAAUUCCUUUGAAAAUUCAGAUACUAGGCUAAAUUUAUCACCCCCCCACCUUUUUUUUUCCUGUGUAAAAGUACAGUAUGUAUUGUUUGUCGAGCAACAUACAGUGCCUUGGCCCGGUUUUAUUUUUACCUUUUAAAAACAAAAACAAAACAAAAAGAAAUUUCUAUACACACAAUCCCACCAAUCGACGCUGUUUUCAUCUGUUAAACUGCGUUUUACAUCUCAACGUCUAGUUAAUUUCUUGAUUUUUCUCGUGGCUUUUCGUUAAAUUUUUGCGUAAACACAAAACAGAGCUAAAAUUCUAGUAAAAAAAAAAACAAAAUGCCGAUUUCUUUUUUUUUUUUUUAGUAAAUUUUCUUCGUAAAAAUGGCAACGUCUUCCGAUUCGAAGUUCUUUCAGAUAUUCAUUUCCCUUCUAACUUCGUUCGGAAGUUUCUAUCGUUCCCUUCCACCCCUUUUAUUUUUCAUUAAAAAUGUUCCGGAUGUUUUACUCCUCUCAUGUGAUCCCUCGUCUCUUUCGUGUGUCAGUGUAUCAUUCUUUUCAGUGACGUAACAAAUUUGAUGUGUUAAAUUCCAAAGGCCAUCCGAUACUUAAAAGAUUUAAACUUGUUCAUGAACAUGUUGGAAUAUUGACAAUCAAAUUGAAAAGAAUUGUUGUAAUGAGAAAACAAAACGGCUGCAGCUGUUGUGCUGAAAACAAACCAAAAUAAUAUCAUCGUUUCCAUAUCAAAACGACUUGAAAUAAUAAUUUUUUUAAUCAACUGUUUACAGCUGCAGUUUUAACAUAAAAAUUGGCAUGAAAAAAAUGUAGAAUUUUCCUCUUACCUCUUCUUCUUCUCUCUCUCUCUAUACUAAAUGAAUUCUGUCUAUGUGUAUGUAUGUGUGUUUUGUGUUUGAUUUGUUCAUGUGCUGCUGCCCUCUCCGGUCUCUAAUUUGAAGCAAAAAAACCCGAAAAAAAAAAGAAGAAAAACAAAAAAAGAAGAAAAAAAUAUUGUGAACUGUACAGUUUUAACUUUAUGAAAUUUGAAUGUGUGCGUGUGUGUGCAGUGGAAAUUAUGUCGACGCAAAAUGUGUCCGAUGAUGUCAGCAUAAAACGGAAACAGAAAAAAAAAAAUAUGAAAGAAAUGUCUUGAAAAA